CCUAAAGGUAAAUAGGUGAGUCUAGGAUUCGCGUGCCCCGACACGGCUCACCACUUUAGUCCGUGUGUUACUUCGACAGACUUCGGCUGCUCUCGUGUCAAACGUCAAAUAUGUCCGCCUCGGCAGAUGCGUUAGCCAAGAAGAAACAGUCACCAGCUAUUCAAAGACGAGGUAAUAAGCCUCUAAUAGAGAAACGACGACGUGCUCGGAUUAAUGAGUGUUUGCUACAGUUGAAAAACUUAGUGCUGAAAGCCACUAGUACUGAGUUGACGAGAACAGGAAAGUUGGAGAAAGCUGAUAUUUUAGAAAUGACUGUAGAAUAUCUUAAGAAACUGAAUUCAACCCCAGGUUCUAAUAUGAAUAUCAAAGAAGAAAAUGGCUCCAAUUAUUCGGCGGGAUACGAGAAAUGUAUGGACGAACUGGUUCAGUUUCUGGAUAAAACGAAAGGAUUUAACGACGAAAUAAAACAGAAAAUAACGAACCACUGCAAGGACAAAUUACACGAGAGAACCCAGUCCGUUGCAACGGCUGAAAAACUCGAAAACGAAAUCGUCUCUACAACGAAUUCACGCUUGCAUGACGAUUCUAGUGAUAAUGACUCGGAUUUUAUCAUGGAUGCGCGACAACCCAGCCCAUCUCCGACAACAAGUCCUAAUGCACAGCCUGGGGUCGUGAAAGAAAUAAAGAUAGAGACAAAUCAAAAUGAAUCAAUGGACACCUCACCAAGUAUUUCACCAUCAACACAACACGUGUCGGGAUCAGUAAAAUUAGUGUGCGGUGGAGAUAUAUUCAUCCUAGUAGAUCCACAAGCUUCCAAUGUGAUACAACCACGGACUGCUAUCCCAAUAGUGUCUAGAACCACAGAAACACUUCCGGUUCCGGUGCAACAAAACAUUCUUAUGUCGUAUAAACCUACAUUAGACUUAGGGGCAAUUCCGUCUUACCGAUUCUGCAGUGUUUCAAAUGUACCUACGGUUCCAUUUUCUCCUAACGUCCCACUGGAUCAAUCCGUAGUUCCCCCGUCUUGCGUCAAUGGUGGCUUUCAAGUGGACAAUGUUAAUGCUGCUGCUAAUGUGGCAGGUACGGAGCCUAUGUGGAGGCCUUGGUGAUCCUUACUUUAUGUUGUUCAUGGAAAUAUCUCCGUUUAUUAAUUGGAUAGAACAAGAACAAUAACUAAUUUAUUCGGGCGACAUUUCAAAGACUGGAUAUGGUGGUUUUGUUAAUAAAUUAAUAACACUGUUGCUACUUUAGACCUAUCCUGUCUAUAAUCUGUUAGAUGCAUUUAAUAACUUGACAGAACAAUAAACUAUAAUAAUAUAAUACUUAUGGAAGAACAAUAAGUCGAAACGUCGCCCAAAUAAAUUAGUAAGCAAACAUUUAGAGGCAUUUUGUAACUGGGCAGAGCAAUAAACUACAUGUAUAAUAAUUUAAUAGUAAGCAAACAUUUAAAGGCAUUUAGUAACUGGGUAGAGCAAUAAACUAUAACACAAAUUUAUGGAAGAACAAUUACUGAUUUAUUUAGGCGACGUUUUGAAGAGUAUUCAAGGUAUUACAGUAGCAAAUGUGUAGGGCAAUUAUAUAUAGACAAGCAAUAACAACAAAUAAAAAACCAUGCAUGGCGUCAACAAGGCGCAUGAUUAGUACCUAUCAGAGGAAUAGCGAUAUGAGAGACAUUAUUUUGUAUACCCGCUAGUUCCAUUAUUUACCUAUUUUCAUUCACGACUGGCUUAUCCUGCAAAUCUCCUAGGAGACGCCUGUCUGCGAUAUCACCCUGGCUGGAAGCGAGUGUAAAACUUGCUACUUUACCGUGGACCAUGGUGUCACACCAAGCAUCAUAAUAAGUGCAACUCGGUGGCGUAUCAGUAGAUAAUACCUCCUAUGGCAAGCAUCAGCAUUGUGCCCCUGUAUAAACAUCUGGCACCCCUUUUUGCAGAUAACUUUACCAGAAAAUAAGCUAAGAAAUACAAGUCAAUUUCGUUAAUCUUUUAACUAACAAAUUAUGGCAGUGCAUGAAAAUUGCAAAUGCACCUUCGUUGCUUUCACCGAUGUUUCACAGACUUUGCAAGACUUCUUACCUACGCCUACAGCUUACAUGGGAAGGGUCUUAAUGUCAGUACCUCUCAGUGGCGUCCCGUUAAAGUGGCGCCCAUGGCACGUGCCCUAUGCCUGACAUACCAUAAAUACGUCACUAGGGCAACAGGUCAUAUUCAUAAUGCUGUCAUGUUAAAUAAGUAUAUUGUACAGUAUGUAAAUAUUAUAUCUAUCUAUAUGAUAAGUUAUAUAAGUAAAAUUGAAGUAUUUAUGAAAAAAAAACAUUCAAAAUUGAAUUUCUGGCUGUACUUUCAUAGUGUUAAAACGAAUCGUCAGAGCCCUGUUUCUCGAAAUCUUAACUAAAGAUAGAAUCCAAAUUUUAGUAGAUACUUAAAUUUUGAUUGGCUAAGCACUAAAAUCAAUCCAAUAUUAUUCAAUCAAAUUACAAAAAUUUGGAUUAUAUCUUAGUUAAAAUUUCGUGAAACAGGCCCUAGGCCAAAUACUUCAAUUUUACUUAAUUUUUUUAACUGAGAGUUAGAUCAUUGAAUA